AAAAUCAGAGACUGUUUGCAAUGGAAUCUAUCUUGUCGCCGCCGCCGCCUUUUAUUUUCGAUAAUAACCUUGACAAUGUGACCUCUGGCAAUUUGUCUGUAGAAUGGACUAAGUGGAAGAAAGCGUUUAAUAUUUACUUCGACGCGUGUGAGUUAUCGAAGAAGGAAGAAAAGGUGCAAAUUAGUAUUUUGCUGCACGUUAUUGGAGAACGGGCUCGUGAAGUGUACCAACAGUUUGAAUCGGAAUGCACGACUUUGAAGAGUUUGAUUGCGCGGUUUGAUAAGUUUUUUUUGCCGAAGAAAAAUUUAACUAUAGAGCGGCACAGGUUUUUUACACGGUGUCAGAAUGAUGGUGAGUCUAUCGAGCAGUAUGCUUUUGAGCUCAGGAAGCUGGCUGCCACUUGUGAGUUUAGCACGCUAAUGCAGGAUUUGAUAAGAGAUAGGCUGAUUUGCGGCAUAAAAGAGGACGCACUACGGGAACGGUUGUUACGUGAGCCGGAUCUGACGCUGAGUAAAUGUUUAGAUAUUUGUAAUUUAGCCCAGAUGUCUAAGAUGCAAGCGGGGGCUAUAAAGCAAGAGUCUGUAGAACAUAAUGCACAUAUUGUGGAAAAUAAUCCUAAGCAUAAUACGGAGUACAAUUGGAAUAGUGAAGGUGGUCAAAUUUGGGGGGUAAGUCACCGAGGAGCGCCGGCGCAUCGUGGAACGGCGAGAAGUCGGGGGCGCGGUGGCCGUUAUCAGACCCCCGCCCGCUUCCCCGCGACCCCGUGCCCGAGUCCUGCGCGGCGAAAUCAGCUGUUUAAUCGACAAGUGCGUGAUGUCAAUAGUGCUAACAACAGCAGUGCUAAUUUGUCGUGUUCGCGGUGUGGUUUGCCUCAUGGCAGUUCAAGGUGUCCUGCCAUCGGCAGAAGGUGUCUAAAGUGUAACAGCUAUGACCAUUUUUCGCGUAUGUGCAAUGUAAACGAGGUGCGAGCUGAGGAAAACAAUGAUCAGGGUGGUGAUUCCUCCUGAUUGGUAUUAAUUGGCAGCCGGGUCGAAUAGUAUGUGCAGUUUAGAAGAUGGAUUGUUAUAACAUAACUAAACAAUUUUAUACCUAUAUACAUGAAGCAUUAUAUAAGGUUCAACUUGCAUUGACACUUCAUUAUUGUUUUCAUACAGCAUAUAAGAUUAAAACCGUUCAAUACAGAUAAUGGGUUUAUUUGUGUAAAGAAAACCUGUAUCGUAGGUAUAUAAGGAAUGUUUUAGUCGUUAUAAUAAAAAUGUAGGCACUGUAGGCAUGUUAUCAUAGAUUAUCAUGAUUAUGAAAUUUAUAAAUGUGUUUUAAUAUUUGUACCUUAUGAAAUUUUGUUGUAAAUUUUCGUUUAUUUCCUGAUGAACUAGAAUGAGUUUCAAUUUAAUAAGGUGUUGCAUGAUGUUUUAUUACUCAUUGUUCUGUAAUUAAUAAUUAAGGAAUAAAUUAAACAUAUUAUGUUUCUGAUGCUUCCAUUUCAAUGUUAAUAAAUGAAUGUUGUUGCUAUAUUAAAU